AUGGGCCUCCGAGGGAGCGAUCGCGUCACCAAGGUGUGUCGUCUCCUCGGCGUUGCGGUGGUGACGCUGACGAUGCUUCACGCCGCCAGCAAGCCGGAGCCGGUUCGCCGCCCGGCGCCGACCAUGCUGGAGCACCGGCGCCGCGUGAGCGGCGCCACGUACGCGGCGCGGAUACCCCGCGUCGUGCACCAGACGUGGAUGUCCCGCCAGCUGCCUCGCGGCCUCGCCGACUGCGUGCAGACGUGGGUCAAGUCCGGUUGGGAGUGGCGGCUGCACACGGACGCUGACAACUUGGAGCUCGUCAACGGGUCCUACCCCGCGCUGUUGUCGCUGUACAUGUCGCUCCCGCCCGUCGCGCAGGCCGACAUCGCGCGCCUCCUCUACAUGCACAAGCUUGGUCUAGGCGUGUACGCCGACCUGGACGUGUGCCGCCUCGAGCCGCUGGACCCGCUGCUCGAGGCGGCGGCCAGCGGCGCAGUGCCAUUCGGCGACGGAGGCGGCGACGGAGGCGGAGGCGGCGGCGGCGCAGGAGGAGGAGGAGGAGGCGGCGGCGGCGGCGGUGGAGCACGAGGCGGCGGGGGCGGGCGGAGCUGCGUGCUCCUUGGGCAAGAGCCGCUCGAGCACGCGGUGCUCGUCGAGGGGGUGCUCGUCGAGGGGGUGGCGAGGCAGGUCUGCAACGCCCUCCUCGUCUCGGAGGCGGGGCACCCCUUCUGGCUCGUCGCGCUCGACGAGGUCGCGGCCCGCUUCCUGCGCGGCGGGGGCGACGACCCGGUCUACCUCACCGGCCCACGCAUGCUCGAGGCUGCCGUUGUCCGGCGGCCUCCUCUCGCCUCCGCCGCCUGGACCCUCGGCCGCCGCGCGAGGACGACGAGGCCCGCCAGCCGCCUUCCCUGCGCCUUCUUCCCCUCCUACGACCCGAUGCAGCAAGGCUCGCUCCGCGACAAGUGCUCGGCCCCGGAGACGCAGCCCCUCCCUCUGCGCUUCGGCUGGCUCGCGCCACACCUCCACGCCGCAGCUGCCGCCGUCUGCUCGCGCCUCGCGAUGCGAAACUUCGCCGCCGCCGCGCCGCCGCCGCCGCCGGACGCGCAGGCGGCGGGAGCGGCGAGAGCGGCGCAGCGCGGGGCACGGCUGAGGGCCGGAUCCGCUACCCUGAGUGUAGGCGGGUGUUGCGCGGAGCUGGUCAAGGUCGAUCUGCGCGACACCAUCGGCGUCGACGACAACGGCCGGUUUCGCCUUCCCGGCAUAAACCCGAGGUAG